AUGGCCGUGAAGAGGAUACGGAGGAGUCCAUGCCGAGACUUCCUCGGCGUGAAAUGCGCAGUGUCUGCACCGCCCCCCAACCCUUUGUCGCGGCUUGCGCACACAGAGGGCGCCCUUGCCGGCAGCUUCCAAGACAGGGGCGGGUCAAAGCACAAAAGCGCGCCGUGGCUUCGCAACGGCCUGUGCGAGGGGACGUCGGGGCACGCCCUCUCCUGCCCGGUUCUUGCGACCCGACGGGCCAACUUCGGCCUGGAGGGGUUGGAGGCACCCGGGCCCUACUUUGGCCAGCCGCUCGCCCGGUUCCUUGGCGACCUCUUCGUUCUGGCAGGCCCUGAGCUGCCCUUGACCAGCAACGGUGCGGAUGGCGCCGCCGGUUUGCCGGAGGAGGGGGCGGCAUUAUUUUUAUAG